UGCUGGCGCGGUUCGACGUGCCCCGGAAGUUACCCUCUGUGAGCGACCUGGAUGCAGGGAAGCGCCGGCCGAGGGGGCGAUGGGAACGCUCUCCAGGCUCGCCUAGGUGUUCCGCGCCCACCCUGCUGACUGAGGAGGGGGCCUCACGCCGCUAGGCCGCCGGACCCUCGGUAAGGAAGCCGGGUGCGGAUGCCAAGGACGGACGGCAGGUCGGUGAGGCGCUGCACGAAGGCGCUCCUGGGCUCGGUUAGUGCCCGCGGCGGGCGGCAGGGACUGGGGGAGGCGUGUGCAGGAGGCGCGGCGGCGCGGAAGGCGCGAGACCAGUGGUGUUGCUGUGAUGACUGCUCACCUCUUUCCCAUGCAUGAUGUAAAGAACAGAGGACAACCCUCCCUGGUGCCCUGCACCCUUCUGGAUGACACAACCAAGAAAUCAAACAAGGAGAGCACAUGCACGUGCUUGUGGACUAUGGCUACAACCUAACAACCUAGAAGCCACAGAUCAAGAACAUGGUGUUGGUUUUGCUUUGCCACCUCUGCUUCCAAAUUCAUGAGUAGUUCUUCAAAGGACUGCUCUGCAUUAUGCCUGUGUCUAUGACCAGCCCAAAGUGGUGACACUCCUAAUAAAGAUGAAUUCUGAUGUCAACAUCUGUGACGAUGACAAGAGCACAGCACUCAUUAAGGCUGUACAAUUCCAGGCGGAGGAGUGUGCCAUGAUUUUGCUGCAGUCUGGUGCAGAUCCAAAUAUGAUGGACGCCAGGUGGCAACACUGCCCUGCACUAUGCUGUCUAUAGUAAGAACACGUGCACAGCAGCAAACCUGCUUAGGCACAAGGCGAUGAUUGAAGCAAAAAACAAGGACAGCCUCACUCCACUAUUACUUGUGCUGAAAGAAAACAAUCAGCAAAUGGCAGAUUUCCUAGUGGACAUGGGAGCCAUUAUCCUUGUGACGGAUCAUCAGGGAAGAACAUCACUGAUGCUCGCAGCAGGACACAAAAGCAAAGGAACAGUCAGGCUGCUUCUGCAAAAAGGAGUUGACGUGUGUUUGAAAGAUCGCUCUGGUAGGACCGCAUUGUCCUAUGCAGUCAAUUGCAGUGAUAACCUUAAAGAAAUAGCUGUUGCAUAUGAAGAAAAGCAACGUGAAAUAUUUCAAAAUAAAUACCCAGAAGUACUUGCAGGAAAGACAUCAGAGGAAGAACAGGCAAGACUUGAUGUGUGUGAAGUUAACGAACUAAAGUUGGAUGAUCUUAAGGAACAACUGCAAUAUUCAUCUUCACAGCAUGCAUAUCUAAAUAUGGAAAAUCAAUUCCUGAGGCAGGAGGUUCUGUCUCUGGAAGAAUUAAAAAUUACGUGUGGAAAACUGGAGGAGGAGAAGAAGGAAUUAGAAGAAAAAAUAGUAACCCUUCAAUCUCGGGAGAAUGAUUCGGUGGAAAUUGAUCCAAGAGGACAGUAUGAAGCAACAAGUGAAAAGACAGGGAGGGAGAAAACAUUGGAGGAAACGGUGCAGUCUUUACAGGCAAAGAUCUAUUUACACCAAUUAAGAGAACAUCAUGACGCUUCCAUGAGGAGUCAGAUGAGGCUGAACAUCCAAGACAUGAAGGCCAAACUUUUUGACAUGAACAAUCAAGUUUACGCUUAUAAAAUAGAGCUGGAACAGUGUAAGCAGCUCUAUUUAGAAGAAGUGGACAGGAGAAUGUCGUUGUCUGAUGAACUUAGCAUGACGAAGGAAAGGCUAGCGGAAGUGAGUAAUGAGCUUGCAAGAUGUUGUAAUGUUCAGGAAACAUCAAUGAUCCUACUGCACACCAGCCGUGUUGAAAUAACAACAUGCAGAACUGUGGCUGCAAGCUCUACCUCUCUUUCAAGUGAGCAGUAUUUUGAAGAAGAAACAUCAUAAAGUCAAGGAAGAAGAAAACCUUUCCGUAAGUCUCUGCAAUGAACCAUCCAUUUGCUGGGUUGUGGUGUGGUGUGGUAGGCAGGAAAGAACACUUUAUUCCCCCCACCCCACAUCAGAAGCCAAAAGGCAGAAGGAUAGAGACCAACCUACUAGCUGCACUGCUCAAACCUAAUACUUAAGAGGAAGACAGGCUUAGUCAUGAAGCCACAGUGGGCUUCCAGAUCCUCCAUCUCAGAUUGGACACUUAUUCAGUUUCCAGUGGAAGAAACCACUACUUGACUGGUGUCCCAGAAACAGGAUGCUCCCUGCAGACAUGGGAGCAGAGCCACACAUUACCAUAGGCAGAUAUAUCUUUCAAAGAGAGAUGGAGAGGCAAGCCAGGGCAUUCAAUGUGAUCCAUCCAGCCACUAGGUGAAUCUCUCCUCUCAUGAAGAAGGUGGAGAGUCCAAGUCCUUACAUGGAAGCUUGAGGCUAGGGAAAUGAGUUUUCUGCUACCAUUUCUGCCUGGAUUUAAUUAUACUUGAAAUGAAGGCCUUGUCUGUGUAUAUCUGAACACAUGACUAGCAGUAUGGUAGACGGUAAAGAGAAAUUUGUUUUGUGCUUUGAAUUUUACUCUCAUUGAUUUCACCACAUGGAUAAUUCCUUUGUGGAUUCAUUUUGGGAAACUAAGUCUUACCUUGAAUAAAUAAAGAAGUUGUUUAAAAAGACAGCUUUCUCAUUUUAAGCUUGUAUGGUUUAACAGUAGGGGUUCAUCCUUCAACAGAUACCUUAAAGUAUCUGUGCUUGAUGAAUAAGGAAUAAAUGAUUGCUGCUACUAGAGUUUAUGGUAUUUAUUUGUAUUCCUUUAUUGUAUUCAAAAUAUUAAAACAUCUUACAUUGGAGAGUUACCCUUUUAUAUCUCAUGACUGAACAUUUUGACCCUCAAAACAAACUUUUACAUAUGCAUUAUCUUAGAACUAUGUCUAAAAAUGCUUUUUCUUUACUGAGUAUGACAUUAGUGACACCCUGGAACUCUAGGCCAGAGUCUAGAUCCAUUUGGCUUUGUGACCUGUCAAGCUAUCAUCUCUCUCCUUUGGCUCUCAUAUGUAAAGAGAUGCUGAACAAAAUGCUUUUUUACAGCCUUAUCAUUUUGGUGUUUUGUUUAGGUGCUGUAUUUCAAUUGUGGAGUCUCAUUUUAAGUGUUGAUUCUUUAAGAUUUAAUGCUUGUUUUUUUCUUUUUAUAGGUAAUAGUGAAAUCUACGAACCAAAACAAGAACUUGUAAAUCUGGGAUAUAAGUUUAAGAUCAUUUGCAGAAAACCGUCUGUUUUCUUGUGAUAUAAUGAACCUAUUGGAAAUUGACAUUUGUGGUAGCAUUUUAUUUGGCUUACUCUAAAGAUGCUUCUAGUAGGCCUUAGUAAGAUCAACCUUUCCAAAUGAGAAUAUUGUGUUCCCAAAUUCUAUUCUGAGUAUAUAUAAAUUUAAUAUCAUUAGGGAACUCCAGGGUGAGUUUAUCAAUUAUCCAUGCUGCAUUUUGCUGAUAAAUAUUCAUGGGAUGCUUAAUUACUUGAAGAAAAGCAUAAAGUUAUGACUUGAAACAGCUCAUGAAAGUGGACAUUUGAAAACUUGUCACAGUGGCACCAAUUUAAUUGCCCUUUUGUUUUUGCUUUUAGGAGAUAGUAAAGAAACCCAUCUUGCAGGAUGACAUUGAAGAUUGGUCUUCUGAUUAUAUAAGAUGAUUAUUUUAUAAAAGACUUUCUAGUGUAUAAGACACAGCAGUGUCCAACUGUAUAUAGUGGCCAGUUUUCUUCAUUUUUACUUUGUUACCUGUGUUAUGGCUGAAUAUGGAUUUGUGUUUAUACAAAUUUUACUUGUAUGAUUUCCUGUUAAACCUCAUAUAUAUGUGCUUGCUUAUGUGAAAAAAGAGGCACUAUGACUUUGAUACCUUUCUAAAUUAAAAACAAAUAGAACAGUGCUUUCAAAGUUUCACUAAAUAUGUUCAUUCCUUUUAACAACGUUGAGUGUCCCUAAAGCUUGUGUGUUUUUCACUACUCAUGCUUUGGUGAGAUCUUUAUCUAACAGAAUAGGACAGUGAUGAAUGUUGCAAGACAUUUUCUCUCGAUUUUUCCUGCCUAAUCUGUUCCAGUAACUGUGUUAAACCAUUCCAGAGAGAAAACUUCUGAAUUUCUGUUAAAGAAAUAGUUUGAUUCAAUGGGAUAGCAAAAAUUGGAUGAAAGGGACUUUCAAAUACUCUUUUCAUGUUUUUAAAUUGCCCUGGUGCGACCAACCACUCUACACUGCCACCAAGCAGGAGAAAACUACAGCCUUCAGUGCCCAGGACCUUCAGAUAGGCUCUUGGGUGUCCCUUGGAGAGCAGCCCCUCCCUUAGCUUGUCCCCACUCCCUGCUUACUCCAGGUUUGAGGGUGUGAAUAGGUCAGUGUAGAUUUCAUAGUUAGCACUUAAUAGAUCAAUUAGAAUUGUCGAUUCAAUCAAAAUUAUCUUAGUAGCUCUCCAUAUUACGUGUCUUUUCUAUUCUCUUAAUAGUGCGUAUAGCUCAGUGUAGAUUUCAUAGUUAGCAUUUAAUAGAUCAAUUAGAAUUGUCCAUUGAAUCAAAGUUAUCUUCAUAGCUUUCCAUAUUACAUGUCUAUUCUAUUACCUACAUAUAACUAGUUCUAGGCUCUGAAACUCUUUUUUUAAGGCCACAUUUUAAAAUGAUAUUCCCAGAGUUAUAACUCCCUUUUCAAUUUAGCAUUACAAAUAUUUUUAUUCCUUACACUGUGACAGGUGUUGCAGUGAGGUAUAGUCAGAGAACUGAAACCAAGGUAGUUCGUAAACACAGUGGAGCAAAUUUAGAUUAAUGUAUUAAUGUAUCAUUUUCUGAAAUGAUCUAUAAAUAGCAAAUGUCCCUCUUUUGGUAAUAUAUUUUAUGUUAAAUAAGUUUUGUUAAAUAUGUUUUGCUUAUUUCAUCAAAUGAGAAAUAGGACAAUAUAAACAUUCUUAGUGAAAUAAACAUCCUUAUUUAUGCUCUCUUA